GGGAAACAGUGGGAGUGAGCUGACCAGAGAGAGUUGGAUCGCAAGCGUCGCCAGGCUGAGAGGCGGGACAGUGCCAAGGGAAAGCGUAGAGAGAGGGAGAGAGAGAGAGAGAGAGAGAUCGCAAUCUGCCCAAGUCAGUACAGUUGAUAUCUCCGGGGGGCACGCAGACAGGGGGCAAAGGGGGGAGCAGCCAUUUCCAAAACUUGGAAGACCAUGGAAAGGACAUUCUCGGAGCACAUUGCUCGGAGCCCUGCGUUCGCGUUCACUGGGAGAAUGGCCAAGAGUGAACGGGACCCGUGUCUGUUCUUUUUGAUGUAAAACAUUUCGAGAAAACUUCUCGAGACUCGGGCAGUCUUCCAAGGGAAAUAAUCUGCCCUCCCUCCCGGGCGGUCAAAGGAUCGUGCGUGUGACAAUGGGGUGCAAAAUGUGGAACAGCAGACCACAGAUGACCUGAAUCUCCUCUGGAUCACCCCGGUUCUCGGCUCCCCGUCAUGCCCCAGUCCAACCCCGGUGUCCGUACCCAGCGCACCGCGGGCCGCGCGGAGGACCGCAGAGUGACCGUCGGUCAAGAUGCGGACGUCCCGCUCAGGUCUUUAGUGUGCGUGCUGUCGUGCUGAUCUUGGAUUAUGUACAAUAGCAGGACUUGAGAAUCAAGGUUUGAGGAUCCAAAUGUCAAGUCCGAGGAAGGCUGCAUCUUACUGGGCCCGGCCGUGUGUAACGUAGAGAAACAGACCCCAGCUGGGAGGAGGCCGACUGCUCCAGGCUCGCAUCAACCACCUAUCAUGCACUGCACUGUUAUAUCUCAAUUUUGCCCGUACAGAAACAAACUCUGACCAAGAUGCUGAUAGAAAGCGUGAUGUGAUCAGCUCGACACCUUAUUCCUGACCCAAGUAUGGAGCGAGGCUGGGGAAGAUAAUCCUGACGUCUAAUGCAGCCGUGGCUCUGUUGUUGUUAGCCUAAGGAUGACUCACAAACUUUUUUUCUGCACCAGCCAGAAGUUCAGAAAACGUGAACCCACUGGAUUUUCAGUUUUUCUGCCCAUUUUUAUUUCCCGCGUUUCUGUUUGGAUUUGAUUUCUUUGCAAUUUUACUGAUUUCUUUGAAAUGGAGAUACAGUGGCGUCUAUGGAAUAAGGACUGGGCCUCCUCACUACGGCCAUGGAUACCCAUACUUCUCGGCCUGCACCUACAGUUUUCCCGGGCGUCCAACUGCCCUGAGGAAUGCCGCUGUGAUCGUACUUUUGUUUACUGCAAUGAGAGGAGCCUGACCUCUGUGCCCUUUGGUAUCGGCGAAGGUUACAAGACACUCUAUCUUCACAAUAACCAAAUAAAUAAUGCCGGGUUCCCCUUGGAGCUCCACCACGUGGCUUCCGUGGAGACUGUGUAUCUCUAUGGCAACCAGUUGGAUGAGUUUCCCAUCAACUUGCCCAAAAAUGUCAGAGUACUCCACCUCCAAGAGAAUAACAUUCAGACAAUCUCCAGGGCAGCCUUGGCUCAGCUUUUAUGGCUGGAAGAGCUGCAUCUGGACGAUAACUCUAUAUCCACCGUAGGGGUGGAGGAAGGUGCGUUCCGAGAGGCUCUGAGUCUAAAGAUGCUCUUUCUCACCAAGAACCACCUGAGCAGCGUGCCCAUUGGUCUCCCAGAGGACCUGAAGGAGCUGCGAUUGGACGAGAAUCGCAUUGCUGUCAUCGUUGAGGAGGCCUUUAGGAAUGUCACCCGCUUGGAGCGUCUCCUCUUGGACGGAAACCUGUUGACGGACGAGGGGAUUGCGCCAGGGACCUUUCAGGAUCUGGUCACCCUCAGGGAGCUGUCCCUUGCUCGCAACUCACUCACCUACCCGCCACCGUUUCUCCCAGGGGAGGUGCUGGUGAAGCUGAACUUUCAGGAGAACCAGAUAAAUAUCAUCCCUGUAGGGGCCUUUGCAGGCUUGCACAAGCUGGAGAAGCUGGAUAUUUCCAGCAACCAGCUGCAGUCACUAACGCAGGGGGUCUUUGACAGCCUUGUUAGUCUACGACAGCUCACGGUGCGCAACAAUCUCUGGCUGUGCGACUGUAGCAUCCAGUGGGUGGUAUGGUGGCUGAAGUCCUUGCCCGGAUCCCUUAAUGUGCGGGGCUUCAUGUGCCAAAAGCCAGAGAAGGUCCGUGGCAUGGUGAUAAGGGAGCUGAGCGGAGAGCUGCUUCAGUGUCCGAUGACAACCACCACACCGACGUUAACCUCUCAUCCUCCCGCCACGUCAGGGGGCUCAGUCGGGCCGCUACCCGCCUCCUCCACCCCAGACGCCCCCUUAGUGUCCCAGGACCGCACCCCACCCACCAGGCGCCCCCUGUCCCCCACACUCACUUCCUAUCUACCAGUCUAUCCAACCAGACAGGGUGGAACAAGAACUAAGCGGCCACUAGAUCCCAAAAGGGAGAGUCUGCAGGUCACAUUUACUAUUCUCAAUGGCUCCGCGAUUCACGUGAACUGGGUGGCCGCUUUUCCGGUCACCGCCUACAAGGUGACCUGGGCCAGGAUGGGCCCCAGCCUGACGGGGGACACCGUCCGGGAGAGGAUGGUGGGCGGAGACCACCGGGGCAUUCGAUUACCUAACCUGGAGCCAAAGUCCACGUAUCGGAUCUGUGUCAUCCCUCUGGACGCGUUCAAUAACUACCGGCCCAAAGACGAUACCAAGUGCACGGAGGUCGCCACGACAACGGCCACUUUGGGUCCAAACAACAAGGGGCCCGUGGGGCCCGAACAGGCCACACAGCCAGACCCAAGUUCACCUUUCUUGCUAGCGGGGCUGAUUGGAGGGGCUGUGAUCGUGGUGCUGGUGCUGCUGCUCAGCAUCUUCUGCUGGCACAUGCACAAGAAAAGCCGAUCCAAAUCCUCCGCCGAUUGGAAAUACAACAGAGGCCGGAGAAAAGACGACUAUUGUGAAGCGGGCACCAAGAAGGAUAAUUCUAUCCUGGAAAUGACUGAGACCAGCUUCCAGAUAGUGUCCCUCAACAAUGAGCAGCUCCUCAAGGGAGAUUUCCGCAUACAGCCUAUUUACACCCCUAAUGGGGGCACAGGCUUCCGAGACUGCCCCCUGGGGAACAACAGCACAGUGUACUGCAAGAACAAUGUUCAGGACGCAGACCUAUGUCACACAUGAUGGUUGGGAAAGCAUCAGAAGCCUUUAUAUUGAUGACUUACCGUAUUAUGAAAGACGCUGUACAGUAUGAUUAUUAUUUCACAAACCCCUGUGUCUUCAAAAAUAUGUAAUUUAUACACUUGGCUGGACAAUACCUGUUUUAAUUCAGCUGUACCUUUUAUAUACCUUAGUAAAACUGGAUUUAUAAAUUAUUAUGCUAUGAGGUUGUUUUGGUUUUCGUGCUGACAGACAUGUACAAUUCAGAUUAUUUCUUAGUCUUUCAGUUUAGUUCUUUCAUCAAUGAUCUUCAAGCCAUGGCGAUUUCUGACCUUAACAUAUGCAGUAUUCUGUAACUGUUAUGUAUUAUUGAGCUUACAUAGCGCAGAGCACAGAAAGGCAGGUUUAAUGAGAGAAAUAUUGAGGAAUUCAAAAAAGAGAGAAAGGUGAGAGGUACGCACAAGUCAGCCACAAGAGGGCAUGUUUUUAUGUGGUGCCUAAAAGUGAAUUCAACCAACAAUCAACCACCUGACUCGUUUUUUGUAAUCUGCAUUUGUUUAACACACUUUAAAGAAUCCUCUCUGCUUGCAGGUGAAAUGCGGUCUAGGUGUGUUGCACACAUCUAGAUAGUUGGGGCAACCGCAUUAUGAAUGAGAAAAGUGGUGUCAUGUAUGACAUGACACCACUUUUUGUAUUAUUGUUUGGAGAAGACAAUGCAGACCAUAGUAUUCCAUCUUUUUAAAUACUUAUCAUGCAAUCCAUCAGAGAUGGAGGGGCAUUGUUACCUGUUGGAGAAUGUAUUAAAACAAGCACAUCUGCCAUGUCCGGUCAAAUACAUUUGAAACGACUGUCAUUUUUGUUCAGCAAAUGUUAUGGCUAUAACAUAUAUAUAUAUAUACAUAUAUAUAUAGACAUAUAUGUGCCUUGAAAGGAUUAGCUAACAAUGUCUUUUGAAUCCAUGUUUUUGCACAUAAGUGUACUGUACAUACGUUCAAUUGAAUUGGUGUUGAGAAAAGUUGUUUUGUUGCUUAAUGAUUAUUUAUUUACCUCAUCAUUACACAUUUAUUCUAAUAAGUAUAGAGAAAAGUAGGGUGUUCAUUCCCAUUUCGGAUUUGGGACCCUAGAUUUUCGAAGAGCUAUGUAUUCAUCCAUGGGGACUCAAAUGGUUCAUAGCAUGUGUACCCUGAAUUACUGCUCCUUAUUGUUGUGGGUCUUAUCAGAAUUGUUACCAAAGUUACCCAAAUAGUAGUAAUAGUAGGUAGUUGUGCAUGAACCUGCUGAUUAAUGGCCAUUGUAUGCAGCAAUGUUAUACGGUAGCAAAUUAUUUCAAUAGGAAGAAAAAGUUUGAAACAAAUACUGAUUAUUUGCAGCUAAUAACAAUGUUGAUCAAUUACUUUAGACAUUCAUAGGCCAUUUUAUUCUAAUUAUGAACAUUUUCCCAGGGCUGCAAUGUGGAAUUUUGCAAAGUGAGAGAUUUGGUUAAAAAUUGGAAUUUAAGUCAAUACCACUUCUUACUGCAUGCUUUCUUCAAAUGACUUCAUAAUUUACCCAAGAUAUUUGGACAUUUUUGAUAAUCCAUCCACAAAUAAUUCCACUUGUGUUUUGAAUAUGAAAUUGUAGACAAUAUGAAAAAGGGCUCCUGCAUCUAGAACACAAACAAAAUACUGUCCAGAUCAAGUUACAAAGAUUUAAGGCAUAUGUUCAUCAUCGUUCCAAAAGUGUUGCCCAAGUAACGAGUGUUGCUUGCCAAAAUAUACAUCAGGACAGAACACUAAAUUUACUUAUUAAUGAAUCCAUGACCUAAACCACAAAAGAGAUAUAUUUGUAUGUCUUUCCUGUAAGCUCUCAUAAUGGAAUAUGCUGUGCUCAACUAGAAAAACGCAGUGUGCUUAAUGUUCCUGACAGGGACACUCAUCUUCCUCUUGUACAUUGUAAAAGCAAUCAUUGUCUUCAAACUAUAAUUUUUAGUGGGUGGUUGGAGGAAGGCUCCUCUAUAAAACAUAUUGACUUUG